UCCCUCAGUUCGUGGGAUGCCAGUCUAAUGACACCCGUAGAAAUAACACCAACAUCAGAGGACGCUCGAGCACGUGCGCGCUUCAUCAUCGCGCUCUGAAAUAUUAGCGCGCGCGCCCUUUCCAAACAAACUCAAAUUCAGAACCAUCCGAACACAGACGACGAAACGUUUGCUCGUUGCCUGUAAAAACUGCAGUGUUGUUGAGCUCUCGCUCAGAAUGUGAUGAAUGUUGAGGAUAGGAGAGUUUAGAGUUUAGAUUCAGAGAUCGCAGGAGAAUUAUUCUCAUAAAAAAAAUCUGACAGCACUGGUUAAGUACAAAAACCUGGAUGGAAAACUUCUAUUUGGAAAAAAGUGCUUCAAGGAUAAACUGUUCCACACGUCUGCUCGCUGAGUAACGUUACAUGUUGGAAGGUUUUCCAUCUCCUAAAACUUUAAAAGGUUUAUUUAUUAACCAGUAACCGAAGAUGUAGGUGCAUCUCUCGAGAUAAAUAACUGAUCCGACAAGAAUCUUAAUGUGGUGGAUUCCUUUUCCAUCUUUCUCACUGGAAGGUGCUCGUAGACGCCAUCUGCUGUGGAAAAACAGAGCGUGAGGAAAAUGGAUGACGAGUUUGAACCUGGAAUGAAUGAUGUUAUAGUUAGUUAUUAUAACCACUCGGGCAAGUGGGGAAGACCAAAAAGCACCGGUACAUGCAAGACAGCCUUCCUCAUGUUUAUCUGCGCUCUGAUCGUGUUGGAGAACAUCACUGUACUACUGGCACUAUGGCGCAACAAGCGUUUCCACAGCCGCAUGUACUUUCUCAUUGGCAAUCUGGCACUUUCGGACUUGUUAGCUGGAGUGGCGUACAUGGUUAACAUCUUCACCUCUGGCCGCAAUACGUUUUUCCUCAGUCCUGGCCAGUGGCUGCUGCGAGAGGGGAGCAUGUUUGUGGCGCUUAGCGCUUCCACCUUCAGCUUGCUCGCUAUUGGGAUCGAGCGCCACAUGACGAUGGUUCGUUUACGGCCGUGUGAGACCGCAGGAAGGGGGAGGUUGCUAGCUCUCCUGGGAGCCUGCUGGGCUGUGUCGGUCCUGCUGAGUGUCUUGCCCAGUCUCGGCUGGAACUGUUUGGGCCGAGUCCACACCUGCUCCACUGUCCUACCACUGUACGACAAGAGUUACAUAGCCUUCUGCAUUAGCAUCUUCACAGCCCUACUAGCAGCAAUCGUUGUGCUAUACGUGCGCAUCUACCUGCUUGUGACGUCCAGCGGGCGUAGAGUGAGUUCCCGGCCGUCGGAUCGCUCACUCGCACUUUUGCGCACGGUAGUAAUCGUACUAGGGAUUUUUGUGGCCUGUUGGGCUCCCCUUUUUCUGCUGCUGCUGCUGGAUGUGGGAUGCAGUCCGGAGCGAUGCCCGGUUCUCCUCAAAGUGGACUGGUUCAUCGCUCUGGCCGUGCUCAACUCUGCCCUCAACCCGCUCAUCUACACGCUCUCCAGCCGUGAGAUGCGGGCCGCCUUCUUCCGUGUGCUGUGCUGCUGUUGCUGUCCAACGCAGCUGGACUCCAUGCCCACGGUGACAGGGGCGGCACUCCCGGGAAUAAUCAUUCCCACUGCAGAGAACAGCAAAUCGAGCAUGGCCGGGGCGGGAAGUGGUGGAGCCAAGUUCUCCCUGAUGCGAAGUAAAGUUCCCACCCCGUCAAACUCCCACCGUCAGCAUGGGGACACGUCACCGCCAGCUGUCACACACCCCUCAGGGCCAGGUGACCUACUGUCUGUGGUGCUGGUUAAAGCUGGGGCGCUUCCUUCUUUGGGGAAGUUUUGAAAUUGAUACUACGGAGGUAAGCAAAAAAGAGCGGGAUCUUGUUAUUUCCCCAAGAUGUUUGGUGACAGUUCCUUGGAGUUAUAGACUGUUCUACCGCUCUCUGAGGAUUACAAAACCCGGAUUCGCUUUAAUACAAAAGGCAUCCACUGAUGAUGAGAUUUCAAAGGGACAACAAACUCAAAGUGCGACUGAACAAAUGCUGACCACGGGACACACAAACUGAAUUUACUUCUACAUGUAUUAAUAUUUAUGAAACUGAACAUGUGCUUUGAGCACAUAAAAUAGAGCCACUACAGAAUGUAAUCACUCGAAAAGCUUAGGUGUGCAAUCUUUUUAUCAAGAAAAUCCAAUUUUCACUUUGCGUGUAGGAAAACACCUUAACAGUAUUAUAUGCAUUAUUAUAGUUCUCUGUAUGACUGACCUUUUAACAUUUUCCCACAGUUUAUUGUUAGACAAAAACAUUUUGAAUAGUUUGCUAUUCUUACCUAUCACACAAGCUAGAUAAUACUUCAUAUACACAUAAAUUAUGAGAAAGUGUUUAAAGGAGACAAUGGAUGGUUAUGGUUGAUAUUCUGUGGAACGGUUUACAUGGCAGAAUUAAGAUGAGGUGGUUGCAUUGUGAAUGUGAAAUUAAGAUUGUUUUGCUCAAUAGUACUUACUAACUGACAUAAUACUAACUAACUUUAAAGAGUGAUAUGUUAGUGUGAAGAAAAACAGGCAUCUUAUGUUAAGAUUGCCUUAUCUGUGCUGCUUUUAUUUGCAUGUACACACUAGAGGGAGCUGUCACAUCACAUUGAAAUGGACUGCAUAAACAGCGCAAUAAUGAAAGCAAUGCACAGAUCUUUUGUCUAUGAUUGGGGACCGAGCUCUAGAAUUUAGUCACUUGAUACAUGCAUCAUAGUAGCCUCAUAAUAAACGGUUUUGCCUGUGAAAAAUCAUGAUCAAUGGCACCAAUCUUUGAGUCAUACAGUGGUAAAUACAAACCACAGCUGUGCAUACAUGUGCUACUUCAGAUCAUUAUGGACAUCUCUCUUGUGUUAGUCAUACUUGAUGUAAUUAGAUAAAAGGCAGGAAUUGCUUAGUCAUACUGCUUCUUGCAUUGUUUGAACAAAAAAAAGAGAGAUUCAUCAUGGGUUUUUGUUCAUGCUGAGAAUAUUGCGAGAACAAGUGACAUUUUGUUGAAGAAAUGGUUUUUAUAGCAUCUGACAAGUGUGACAUUUCAAGUAAUUUACCAUCCUAAGCUGUAGACGCUCUCUCUCUCUCACACCAUCGCUGUGAUCUUUGCAGCCAGGUUGAGGGUAAUAAUAGAAUGUUAAACAAAUCGAACUCAUUUAAGGCCCAAGCCGUUUCCUAGGUAAAAUCAUGUCUGCUGGCAUCCCGUAGCUAAAAACGCAAAGACAUUCAGUAUCACAGAAUUCAUUUGUCAGGAUAUUACACACCAACGAUUGAAGUGCCAUGAAGAAUCAACAUCAACAAACAAUGACGGGCUAAAGCAUUAUGUGCAAUGUGUGACCUUGAGCAAAAACACACAGCAACCCACAUCGCAUGACAACAAGCCUUAUACAAAGUCUUUUAAAUAAGCACACGCCACACAGAGGACAUUAAUCCUUUAAAGUGAGGCAUUACACACUUGUCACACACAAUAUGCCCCUACACCUCAUGUAAUGAAUGGCACUUUGCUACAAUGGAUCAAAGCACAGACCACUGAGCUUUUGUGGAUGGCCACCAUUGAGAAUAUUCAUUUGUCUAUGUGCUUGUCAGAGCUGAGGGGAGUCUCUGUGGCUGAAUGCAUCAGACUGGCACAUUGUUUGGCCCAGCACUCAGUGUGCACAAUGCCUCCAUCUGGACCAGCGACUCAGGAUGUGCCAGUGCGAGAGCACCGAAUUGAUUUUCUCCCAUUCAGAGACCAUGGGUCACAUUUAACAAGCUUUCAAGGGUUGACUGAGAUAGAAGGUGUUUGUGAGUACGUGUGUUGCCUGGGAAAUCAGUCGGGAACUAGACCUAGAGACCAUAAUGAUGUGUUUGGUGCACUUCUGGUCAAGGUUUGGAAACCUUCUCAUUAGUCCGAAAUCAGGCUUACUAGCCCAAGACCUGAGUGUAGGAUUGGGGUAGACCAGUCAUUAGCUAGAGCACUGGUCUGAAAAGGAAAGUUUACCCGAAAAGGAAAAUUUUGUCAUAUUUACUCAUCCUUAUGCUCUUCCAAACCUGUAUGACAUUCUUUCUUCUGGAGAACACAAAAGAAGAGAUUCUGAAAAAUGGUUUUGGUCCAUGGGGUCCAAAACAACAGUGGAUCUCUUUUUUCAUACAGUAUGCACAAAAUAUCUUCUUUGUGUUACACAGUUGGACGUUACACAGGUUUGGAACAACACAAGAGUGUGUAAUUUGUCAUUAAAUUGGCCAAAAUGAUUGGUACCAUUUGCUUGCAUUAAUUAGUACGAGGCAGGAUCCAGAACCAUUGCCUCAAAACCAAAUACUAAUCCAAACUGGAUAUAAGAGCAGGGAUACAGUGCUUCAAUGCCAGACUCUGACAAGCUGUAGCACGACACAAGCCCAGUCGUCUUGUCUGACAUGGCGAGUGCCAAUGAAAGGGUGCCCAAAUUAUGUUAUAGUCCUUCUUACAAAAUAAAAUCGACAAAAUUGUUGAAUACUAAAACAUGGUUGUUCUUCACUGUCAGAAAUAAUACAAAAAGUGUAGUUUUAGCUUUUCUUUGGGAAGUACCCACAAUGGUCACCUUUGCAACUUAUCUACCCUUACAGUAUGCAUAUUAGUACUUUGAGAGGUAGAAGGUUACUGGCCCAUUUAUAAGCCAAACCAGAUGUGUCCACUACUGCUCCUACAUGGCCAGCUUCUUGAAGAGUUUAACUCCAAUCCUAAUUAUAUCACCUGAAGCUAAUCAAGGUCUUCAGUAUUGCUAAAAAACUCCCAAGCAGAUAUGGUGGAGCUCACAGAAGCAAAAUUGUAAACCCAUGAGAUCAAGGCACAAUUCGUUAAACGUAAUUAAAUGUAAUUUGCUGCUAGUGAGAUCCUAAGGCAUAAAGCUUGUAUGACUUGAUGAAAGGACUAUUUGCAAGAACCAUUGCUCCUUUGAUUUUACGAGCAAGUUUGGGUUAGGCAUAGGGUUGGACCUUCGAUUACUUGAUAAGAAUCUGGUCUCAAGAUCAAGGAUACUGAACCAGGAGCAUUCCUGCUUGGCUUAAUCACAUCACACGAACACCUGAAUUACUAUCCUGAGACCUGGGAUUCUGUGGAUGAUCUAUCCUUAACCUCUUAAGUAGAGCCAAGGAUACAUUCAGUCCUCCCCCAGAUCCCCAUCUUUUCCAAUCCCUAACAAUAGCCUUCAGCUGCAGCCGUAUGCGAGCCGCAUCUGACUGGGCUUUAGGAGAUAAGCUCUCCAGAAUGAGGUCUUUAUUUGGGCCAGCUGCCCACAAGGGCGGGAGGAGAGUUUAAAGGUCAGAUGUCAGUAAAUUAACAGAUGGUACAAGUUGCCAGUCCUCUCCGUAAUGAAAUCCAGAUGACAUGUCGCUCAAGUGCCGGUAACAUGAUAAUGACGGCUGCUCUCGCGAACACUGUUGAUUUUAUCCACCCAUUGGUGCACAUCUGGGCCCCCUUUUCACUGCUCGGCUUUUGUCUGAGCUUGCGGCUGAGAAAUGCCUCUCUUUGUAAGGCCUAAUUAUUCCAUGACUAGUAAGAGCCUAAUUACCAGAGGAAUUAGCACGGUGCUCAUUGUGAGGAAGACGUCGUAGGGCUUUUGAGGCUUUGACGCGGUAGAUGAGCUCCCCCUUUCAGCUGUUUAAAUUUUGACCGAUAUCUGGUUACAGCCUAGCAGACACACCUGUCGAAACGGCUUUCACUCCAAGAGUGAGUGCGCGCCUGUUUUGUGGAAUGUCUGAGCGAGAUUAAUGCGUUUGUCUCGGACAAUGUGAUACGAGGCACUCGAGACGCACAUGUGGACAUGCCUGGAUGUGUGUCAGAGCAGCUGGGAACAAUCGGUACAAGUAGCCAAUGCAGAAAUCACUAGCAUUGGAUGCCAUCCGUUUUAGGAUCAUGAUAUUUUGGGCUUGGUCGAGACUGGUGUGGUUCGAGUGUGAAAUUAGUCCUGGCUUCGCUCUGAUCGCAGGUGUUUUUUUCAGUGAGCCCAUCUGAUAGAUUAUCAUGUGCUGCCAAAUAUGCACAAUAUUGAGGCUUAACCUUAAUUUUGAUAGACAUCUUGAAGUACACCUAAAUGUUAUUGGAUUAAAAAAAAAUGCAUCUGGCAAACAACCCUUAUUUUCCCCUAUUUUAUCUCACUAUCUUCUGUAACAAAGUCAGAGGGAUGAGUACCGAUCUGAACCACCUUCUCCACUCGUCACACCAGUAAUCAUUCUCCGCCGUUUCAUUUGGCAGUGUAAUGAAAGCAAUCCCAGAACGCUUCACUUCGGCAGAACAGAGAUAAUGAGGAAGCACACACAUACGAACACACAGACAUCGCCGCUUGAUUUAGGAAGCCUGUCUUCUGUGGGCCACAACGGGAAAAGAAAAAUCUUCAGACUCAUGCUUAACACUGUCUUCUCAAUCUUUUUGUGCAUGACACAUGCUCCCAGGAUAAAAAAAAAAUGCAUCUAGUAACCAUUAACG